AUGGCAGAGUCAGAUAUGACUGCACAGAAAUGGAAGGAAGAGGGUGAUAAAGAGUUUAACCAAAGCAAUUGGUCCAAAGCCUUAAGUCACUACACAAAGGCAAUUGAACUAGCAACAGACGACACUGAGAAAGGAUUGUAUUAUGAUAAACGAGCUGCCACAUAUUUCGAGCUGCGUGAUUACGACAAAGCGAUUGAAGACUGCGACAGUGCAAUGUUAAAAAUAUUUCAUAACGUUUCCAUAACAUUGUUUCGCAGAUUUUUAGCAUUAAUAGAGUUAGAGAAAUUUGAGGAGGCAUUCGAAAAGGAUCAGGACGAGAAAAUUAUUUCAUCUUGCUCAAAUGACAUAUUACCUGAGCACAUAGUGGCGCAAUUUCGUGAAAUUUUAGACAAACAUAUUAAGAAAAGAGCAAGCGAGUCAUGCAAUAAGGGCAAUGUUAGUCGAACUAAGUCCACUAUGAUAAACGUUGUUUUGCCUUGGUGUCUGGAAAUGAUAAACAACCCAUACACAGAAAUAGUCAACGCAUCUCAAUAUUGUUUACAGAAUAUAUUAAAUACUUGUUGCGGCAGAAACGAUAAACCCGAUUCAAUACCCGACGAGGCUUUGUGCAAGAAGCAUAAAAAAGUAAUUGACAAGAUUCUGUCAUGCUUGUUGGAUAAAAUAGAAAAUGAAACAACAACAAGCAUUGCUAGAGACGCAUUAAUAAAAUUUAUUACACGUAACAUUCAUUAUACUGCGUUACACUGGGCCAAACGGUUGGUCGAGUUUGGCGGUUUGCAAAAAUUAAUGGAGGUAGCCAGUCAAUGCGAAAGCGGAUAUUACGACGGAUAUUACAAUUUGUUUGAUAUUACGUCUUCCACGCAAACUAUAACCAGCGUGUGUUUAGCAAAAAUCGAUGAAAACUUGGAUGAAAAUGAUAAGGAAGAAUUUUUCAACAUCAUUAAUGGAUUUAUUAGAGAAGAAUUGAAUUCGAAUGACAUAGCAUGUCAUAGAUUGAAUGACUUAUUGAUAAAACAAGUAAUUUGCGAAUUUAUCUAUGUCGUUGUAACGAGAUAUGACGAAUCCAACACCUUCAUAGGUCGAAGUAUAACUACAUUAGGAAUCCUGUGUUAUACUGAGGACUUGGAUAAUUUUGAGGAUCUGGAUAAUUCUGAAAACCUGAAUACUUCUGAGGACCUGCAUGAUUCUGAGAACCUAAAAGAUUCAAUUCGGUCAUGGCUGAAGGUUUGCAGACCAUUCUUGAUCAAUCCUCAGAGAGAUAUGAAAAAAUGGGCAGUUGAAGGUCUGUCGUAUCUCACUUUUGACCUCAAGAUCAAAAACAAGUUGAUCGAAGACCAACGAGCCAUUCGAGCGAUAAUCGAGUUCGCCAAGACUGAAAAUCAAUCGAUUCUCUAUCAAGAAUGGAAUAAGAAGGGUGGUAAAGAGUUCAUCCACGAAAGGUGGUCUAAAGCCAUAAGUCACUACACAAAGGCAAUUGAACUAACAACAGACGACACUGAGAAGGGAUUGUAUUACGAUAAUCAAGCUGCCGCAUACUUUGAGCAUGACGAUUACGACAAAGUAUCUCAAAUGAUGAAUCUAGCAUUUAACGUGAGCGCAGAUCAGGAGAAACGUCAAAACGCCAUGAUUACUCUGCUUAUACUUGCACGUUGGAGAACUGCUUACGAGAUCUUCAUAAAGGAAGUGGAAAAGAACGAUAAUGUGAUCUGUAGCGCGAUUCGUAUUGUAGACGAGUCAUGCAAGAACAAUGGUAGUCGAACUAAGUUUGCUAUGAUAAACGCAGUUUUGCCUUGGUGUCUGGAAAUGAUGAACAGCACGUUUACGGAGAGAGUCAACGCAUCUGAAUAUUGUUUACUGAAUGUAUUGAUCAGCGGCAUGAACGAUGAACCCAAUUCAAAACCCGACGAGACUUUGACCAAGAAACAUAAGAAAGUAAUUGACAAAAUUCUGUCAUGCUUGUUGGAUUGGGCCGAACGAUUGGUCGAGCUUCGCGGUUUGCAAAAAUUAAUGGAGUGGCCAGUGAAAUGGUGA